AUAUGCAUCUGUAAAUUCCUUGUGUAAUUUGAUGUGAAGGGGAAAUCGUGCGCGAUAAAAAUAAAAUUCGUAAUUUUUUGUAAAAUUAAUUGAUAAAAAGUUAAAGGGCUUCUAUAAAGUGGAUAUCUACCUUUGAAAUAAACACUAAAGAAAAAAAAAACAGGUUCACAAUGGUGGAUAAAAUUGAUAUGAGUUUGGAUGAUAUUAUAAAAAGCCAAAAGCCCAAAACUGGUGGCGGACGUGGUACCAGUGGUGUUCGUCGUGGUGGUGGACGACCAACUCGCGGCGGUGGUAAUGCUGAUGGACGUCGCAGACCAGUUGGUGGCGCUACAUUGAAAGGACGUAGUCGCGGAGGCGGCAUACAAAAGGCGAAAUUCGCAAGGGGCGAUGUAAACAGCGCUUGGAAACACGAUAUGUACGACGGACCAAAACGUGGUAUUUUAAAAGGAUCUUCAGAGGUAGCAAAGUUACUCGUCUCCAACUUGGAUUAUGGUGUGUCGGACUCGGACAUUCAGGAGUUGUUUGCCGAAUUCGGGCCGCUGAAGAAGGCAGCGGUGCAUUACGAUCGCUCUGGAAGAUCAUUGGGUACCGCUGAUGUUGUAUUUGAACGCCGCUCUGAUGCACUUAAGGCUAUUAAACAAUAUAAUGGUGUACCUCUCGAUGGACGGCCAAUGAAUAUUCAAUUAACCACAUCGGACGUUUCGGCUCUGACCAGAGUUGGUCGCAUAGGCGGUAGUCCGGUCAAGCGUAGGACGGGUACAGCCCCACCUGCUAGACGUGGAGCGACCAGCGGAGCACGCCGUGGACCACCAAACCGUAAGGGAGCUGUUGGUGGCAAACGAGGUGGGCGCACCAAAGCUCCAGAAAAAACAGCAGCUGAAUUAGAUGCUGAGUUGGAUGCUUAUGUUAAUGAUAUGAAAAUUUAGAGAUAAUUUAAGAAAUUAAUAGCUAACAAUAUUAAAAUAAUUUUUGCCCUUGACUUUAAAAUAUGUGAAUAAAUGUUACUUGAGCAAGAAGGUAUAACAAAAUAUGAUCUUUAAAACUAAAACCAAAAAGUACAAAAAAUACGAAAGUUUUCUCGAACAACAAUUUGUACGAUGUCAAUAAAAGAUUUAUUUCAGUUUUUACCUUUAGUAUGUAUCAGAAUUGUAUUAGUUUACUCAAGAACUUUGAAAUAAUUUUCAAUUCAUCAUUAGGCUUCGGAAUGUAUAAUUUAAAGCCGAAACUUAAGUUUUAGCAUAUCAUUAUUUCAUCUUUUGUACUCGUAAACACUUCACAUUUUCGUGAAUAUCAAUAUUUUUUCUGAAACUGUAAAUAAAACAUUACAAUCAAGUAAUCCA